CGUUAUAUACUUUUAUAUUGUACCGCUGGUGUUGUAUGGCUUCAAGACAUGGAACACAACAGUCUCCGAAGAACUGGAAGUGAAUCUCACACAAAGGGCAAUGGAGAGGUGCAUGGACAAAACUUAGUCAACAUGGAGACAGCAGAGGUGGAUAGCCCCCCAAAUCUGAGUUGUAAGAUCAUGACUUUCAGACCUUCUAUGGAUGAAUUUAGAGAAUUUAACAAAUAUUUAGCAUAUAUGGAGUCUAAAGGAGCACAUAGAGCAGGACUGGCUAAGGUGAUCCCUCCAAAGGAAUGGAAGCCAAGACAACGUUAUGAUGACAUAGAUAAUUUGGUCAUUCCUGCUCCUAUUCAGCAGAUGGUCACAGGACAAUCUGGGCUUUUUACCCAGUAUAACAUCCAAAAAAAACCAAUGACUGUGAAAGAAUUCAGGCAACUGGCUAAUAGUGAUAAGUAUUGCACCCCAAGAUAUUUAGACUAUGAAGAUUUGGAGCGCAAGUACUGGAAGAAUUUGACUUUUGUUGCACCCAUCUAUGGAGCAGAUAUCAAUGGAAGCAUAUAUGAUGAAGGUGUGGAUGAAUGGAACAUAGCUCACUUGAAUACCAUAUUGGAUGUUGUUGGAGAAGAGUGUGGUAUUUCUAUUGAGGGUGUAAAUACCCCAUAUCUCUAUUUUGGUAUGUGGAAAACCACAUUUGCUUGGCACACUGAAGAUAUGGACCUAUACAGCAUUAAUUAUCUUCACUUUGGAGAACCCAAAUCUUGGUAUGCCAUACCUCCAGAGCAUGGAAAGCGACUUGAACGACUAGCUCAAGGAUUCUUCCCAAGCAGCUCUCAAGGGUGUGAUGCAUUUCUUCGUCACAAGAUGACACUGAUAUCUCCUUCAGUGUUGAAGAAAUAUGGCAUUCCCUUUGACAAGGUUACUCAAGAGGCUGGAGAAUUUAUGAUCACUUUUCCAUAUGGAUACCAUGCUGGUUUCAAUCAUGGAUUCAACUGUGCAGAAUCUACAAACUUUGCUACAGUUAGAUGGAUUGAUUAUGGAAAAGUUGCUAAGUUGGUGAGUUAUGCUACAAAAAGAAGCAAUGGCUUAAGCACAUCUUUCCACUCUGAUUCUAUAAAGCAGGAAAUACAAUGUGAAGAUGAUAAAGUGGAUAGUAGUAUUGCUUCUUCUGAUCUCAUGGAAUCUUCUGCCUCUAUGCCUCUUUCUGUUGAAUGCAAAAAGGAAGACAAUUUAAAGUCUGAGAGAGAGUGUGAGCAGAAUGUUUCAAGACCCAAGUCAUGUGAUUCUGUCUCUUCUGAAGCUGAGAGUCUAGAAAAAGAAGAAAAUAGUAUUUUCACAGAGGAAGAUGACAGUGAUCUUGAAAGCAGUGAAAGUGUUCUAGAACCUGCAGAAAUCCCGGCUGAAACCAAGGGAGAACGAAAUGACUUGAAAAUUCCAAGUUUCUGUAAUCAGAGAGCAGAAGGGGAACCAAAAACUUCCAAGAGUUGGCGCCAUCCACUCAGUAAGCCUCCAGCUAGAUCACCAAUGACUCUGGUAAAACAGCAGGCAGGUAGUGAUGAAGAAUUGCCUGAGGUUCCAUCAGUUGAGGAGGAAGUUCAAGAAACUGAAUCCUGGGCCAAGCCUCUUGUCUACCUUUGGCAGACCAAAGCACCAAAUUUUGUGGCUGAACAAGAGUACAAUGCAGCUGUUGCCAAAAUGGAACCAUACUGUGCUAUUUGCACUCUCCUGAUGCCCUACUAUAAGCCAGACAACAGUAAUGAAGACUAUUUUUGUAAAUGGGAAUCUAAAUCCAACGAAGUGACUUCUGCCUUGGAAAAGACUAAACCACUCAUUCCAGAGAUGUGUUUUAUUUAUAGUGAAGAAAACACAGAACAUUCUCCAUCUAAUGCCUUCAUUGAAGAGGAUGGAACUAGUCUUCUGAUUUCCUGUGCAAAGUGUUGUGUACAGGUCCAUGCAAGUUGCUAUGGUGUUCCUUCUCAAGAUAUCCGAGAUGGAUGGCUGUGUUCUCGCUGUAAGAGAAGUGCAUGGAUGGCAGAAUGUUGUCUCUGUAAUUUGAGAGGUGGUGCACUCAAGCAAACUAAGAACAAGAAGUGGGCCCAUGUAAUGUGUGCAGUUGCAAUCCCAGAAGUUCGAUUUGUUAAUGUUACAGAAAGGACACCAAUAGACAUUAGCAGAAUACCUUUACAGAGGUUAAAAUUGAAAUGCAUCUUUUGUAGGCAGAGAGUUAAGAAAGUUUCUGGGGCCUGUAUCCAGUGCUCUUAUGGGCGCUGCCCAGCUUCCUUUCAUGUAACCUGUGCCCAUGCCACCGGGGUCUUGAUGGAACCUGAUGACUGGCCUUAUGUAGUUAAUAUUACAUGCUUUCGACACAAGAUCAACCAAAAUGUGAGAUCCAAAACCUGUGAAAAGGCAAUCACUGUUGGUCAGACUGUCAUCUCAAAGCACCGGAACACACGAUAUUACAGCUGCAGAGUAAUAGAGGUGACAUCUCAAACCUUCUAUGAAGUUGUUUUUGAUGAUGGCUCCUUCAGCAGAGAUACUUUUCCUGAAGACAUUGUGGUUGAAUUUGAAGAUGGAUCCCAGAUUGCAAUGAAGAGAGAGGACAUCUACACUUUAGAUGAAGAAUUGCCCAAAAGAGUGAAAGCUCGGUUUUCCACAGCUUCUGAUAUGCGGUUCGAAGACACAUUUUAUGGAGCCGACAUAAUUCAAGGAGAAAAGAAGAGGCAGCGAAUGCUAAGCUCCAGGUUUAAAAACGAAUACGUGGAUGACCCUGUGUACCGCACUUUCUUAAAGAGUUCAUUUCAGAAGAAGUGCCAGAAGGGUCUAUAAGAGUAACUAACUAGGCCACCCAGAGAAUUAUAGCAAUGUACACCAAGGGAGAAAAGAUGCGACAACCGAUGACCAGCCGGCGUUAUGACAGUAUGCUUCAGUGAGAUGAGGGGCAGGAUGUGUCUUUUGAGGAUAAUGAGUCAGACUUCUAGUUUUGGGACACAAAGAAGGUUUUAAUACACACCAUGGAUUUGGCACAUCAAUUUAAGAUCAGUCCCAAUCUCCCUCUCACCCACAAGCAGUAAUUUUGUAUAAUUCCGGAUCAAUUUUCUCAAGUGUGAGGGAAUGGUAGUCAUUACAGACGUCAUCUAAAAAGAAACCCCAAUCCCCUGAAGAACUCUGGAUGAAGCCUGACUUAGGGCUUUCAGGCAGCAGACUUUUGUUGGACACCUUCUCUCUCCCCCUCCCUUUUCCCCUCCCUUUCACCCCAUCCCUAGGGCCAUAGAUCUUUAUACCACAAGGUAGGAAGAGAGAGAUUUGAAUAUUUUUCAAAGUCAGGGAAGGACUUUAACUUGUUUGUUUUAAAUGGAGAAGUUUUUAUAAAACAUUUUUAAAACAAAGGCAGCACGUCUGGUGCUGAGACAUUAUGCACCUGUGCUGUACUUGUACAAAGCUGUUAAAUUUUUUAUAUCACUCUUGCUCUUGAUUGGGUCUGAUGGGGACUGCGUUGUUGGCCUUUGUGAAUGUUUUUUGGCUUUUAAAGAAGAAUUCUUAUGAAUUAUCUGGGCUUUUGUUUUGUUUUGAUUUUGGUUUUUUGUAUAUUUAAAGAGGGAAAUUUGGGGCAGUUAUUUUUAAACACUUUUUUUUCGUAAUGCUUAUUCCAAAUAGAUAUUUGUAAAAUACAUGUUUCUUUCAUUAUGUGUUUGUAAAAUUAGAGUUUAAAUAUAUAUGCUUACAUGACUAGUUUUGAACUAAUAUAAUAUGAUUUUCCUUUUUAAACAGCCUGCAAAUAAAUGUACCAGUGUUUAAAAAUAAACAAUUCCA